UCUAGCACCGUUCACAGUACGUACACGGUACCCGAAGCAAAAGUGUUCUGCCAGCCGUUUGUGUGUCCUCUCUCUGUGUGGUUGUCCAUAGGAAAAAAGUGGUCAUAAAUUAGUGCAUUUUGUGCGGCCAAUUUCUCCAGUAUCUUGCUCCGGACAUUUUAAUUGUUUGUGACAUUACGAAUAACUGACAUCGAAAAACAAUCGCAACCAUCAUGGCUGAGAAACCAAAGCGUCCUCUGUCGGCUUAUAUGCUGUGGCUGAAUUCGGCCCGUGAACAGAUCAAAAAGGAAAACCCUGGAAUCAAAGUGACAGAAAUCGCCAAGAAGGGCGGUGAGCUGUGGCGCGGAAUGAAGGACAAGAGCGAAUGGGAGUACAAGGCAGCCAAGAUGAAGGAUGAGUACAACAAACAGAUGCAAGAUUUCGAGCGAAACGGUGGCAGCAAGGACGCCGGAACCAAGAAAAAGAAAGGUGCAAAGAAAGUUGCCAAAAAGAGCAAAAAGAAGGAUUCGGAGGAUGAAGAUGACGAGUCUGGAGAUGAGAGCGACUGAACUAAUCACUAACCUUAAAAUAAUUAUUUUUAAUUUAUUGUGUAAAUGUUCGGGGCCUUACUUCAACUACAAAUCACCGCAUCUCUCUCUGUCUUUUACACACGAAAACAACAACACUUCUGGACACACCGCCUUUGUAACUCUCCCUCCCUCCUCACCUUCCCCAUCGCUCCAACAUUCUCUUUCCUCUUCACCAAUUUAAAUUCUCCCCCCCCCCCCCUUUCUCUCCCCGGGAUGUGUGUUCCGGAAUCUGGAGUUCAGUGACUCCCUUCACAACCACCUUACUUACCACUCGUCCCCCAAGCUCUAUAUAAAAGAAAGGCUUUCCGACCCGUUGAUUAACCUUCAGAUUCCUUCUCCACCAACUUCUGCUAACCUACUACUACCUACAACAACUGUACUACUAUUACUUACUGCUAACGAAAAUCUAUCAACUUGCCAACGCGUCACACACAACUUUACACAAAAUUGAAAUGAAAAAGUAAAAAACAACUAAAAACCCGUAAAAUGACAAGUGGAAAAUAGAGUUUUACCUAUUGUACAACCAACAAAAAACCAGGAUAAACGCAU